AUAAAAGACGAGAAAAAACUUAAAAAUAAAAUAAUCUUACUUCCGCGUAAUUUAUCAAGAAACUGUUCAAUUAAUGGUGGUGUGUAUAAAUGGUUAGGCUGGUCGGUUGUUCCUCAAUCCCCCCCCCCCUCUCUUCCCCCAAUUAUAAGCAUAAGUAGAACAAUAUAGAUAAAACAUAUAAUGCUAGUCAAAACCUAGUAAAUCAUUCAUUUCGACGGAUAUAUGAUACAGGCUUGAGGCCCCUUGAAAUCAUAACACGGAAAACACUUUUCCUGAGGUCCCUAAAGGUCUGGGACUGUUAGUUUUUUAACUGGUACGCCAUUGCUUUGUGUGUGAGACUCAAAAACGAAAAAUGAUAGUGAAGUUUUAUAAACAUUAUAUUUACUUACAAUCGAAUUUCAUUCUAUACGUAUAAUUUUCCCAAAACGUAUUUUUUUUAAUUCGAGCGUCAUCUUUCUUAAUAUUUGCUUAUUUCAUAGUUGAAAGUUCUAUUCAUGAUAGUAAAAGAAUCUUCUUUUUUCGUUAUAGUAAAAUCCUUAAAACAGAACAAAAAUGUUUUAAAACUGCACGUUGAAGAACCCCUGUGGUUAAUAAUUGGUUAGUUUUUGGUUGUUGUUUGGCUAGAAGUCCGAUCGCACUAAGAUGCUUGUAAAUAUUAUCAAACAUCUUCAGACUUCUCCAGACUUUAUCAAACUUCUUCAGACUUCUUCAGAGUUCUUCAAACUUCUUCAAACUUCUUCAAACUUCUUCAGACUUCUUCAAACUUCUUCAGAGUUCUUCAAACUUCUUCAGAGUUCUUCAAACUUCUUCAGACUUCUUCAAACCUUUUCGAACUUCUUCAGACUUCUUCAAACUUCUUCAGACUUCUUCAAACUUCUUCAGACUUCUUCAAACUUCUUCAGAGUUCUUCAAACUUCUUCAGACUUCUUCAAACCUUUUCGAACUUCUUCAGACUUCUUCAAACUUCUUAAGACUUAUUCAGACUUCUUCAAACUUCUUCACACUUCUUCACACUUCUUGAGACUUCUACAGACUUCUUCAGACUUCUUCAGUAAUCUUCCAAAGAAUGGGAGAAAUCAAAUAGCCUUUUAGCUAAUUUCCUUCUGCCUGCCUUCUCUCUUUGCGACAGGUUUUUUGUCGCAUCGCAUUGUGUCUAGUCUUUAAAUUGAUUCGGUUAAUGGUAAUAUCUGUCAAAAAAUAAUUUACUUUGUAUCUAGCGACUCGUUAUUUAUUUAAUCUAAGGAAAUUUUAUCUAUUUUUGUGGGUCGAUAAGCAAGCUUUUCUAGCGUCAAUCACAUUUGUCGUUAAGUAAACAUGCGCUGCUUUUGGGGGGUAUGGGGUGCCACAGCACCGUAGAAAACCGGAAAAUUUAGGAAACACUGCUAUUUCCUAAAUUAAUAGGAAUUCGGAAUUUUAGGAUAUAUUUGUUUAACCAACACCCACUUCCCCUUCCCCAAAAAUUAUUCAACUUCCACGGCGCCCCUGUACGUGUUUGUGAAGUGACGUUGGGAAUGAGCCACCUGUUCUCGAUCCUGCGAUUAAAAAAUCCAGCGAAACAACAGAUACUUCACACUAUAUGCUGUGUCUAAUGCACGUGCAGAUGUAGAUCAGUUAAGAAUCCGGCUACACAGAAAUCUCAGAGUUACCAUUCGAUUUUGGUAGCAGAAAGUUAUUCGUCUACAGGAAAGCAGUCACAGCACAGGGAUAAAACUGAGGGUAGCAAGAGAAGUAAAGUGUACUUGGAGAGCUUCUUUACCGUUGUUGUGUCACGAUUUCGCUGUUAUCAAUUUGAAUUUUGCUUAUUUGAUAUGACCAAAUCGAGUUAUUUGGGAAAACGGCAUAAUCGUGGGGAAGUUCCAUCUGGUGAUAACGAAAUCAGUGUUACUUGCAAUUAAAGACUUGCCGAUUGCCUAAAAGCCAUUCAAUACUGAUAAACUGCAAUGUGAGAAAGCAAGAUUUCUCUCACAAACAUGAACGGAUCAACAGUUUAUGAACCAAUCAACAAGCACUGGACUGAUUUCCAGACGGGUAUUUCAGUGUUCGUGUUACUAUCGAUUGAUGGCGGUGCAAUUUUGCUGAAUCUUCUUGUCACGUUGAUCGUUCUAAUUGAGCCAUCGCUGAGGGAGAAAGUCGACUGCAUGCUGAUCUGCAACCUCGCCUUGUCCGACCAACUGGUAGCCAUAACAACCGUUCCAUUUACCAUCCAUGUAUUGCUUCACAAGGAGCAUCCUCUAACAGAAUCUUAUUCUACCUUUGUGGGGUUUGCAAAUUUUACUUUCUGCAUUGCAUCUAUUAUGACGUUGAUGCUCUUAGUGGUGGACCAGAUGUGUCUCAUCAAGUGGCCAUUACGUUAUCAGCAAUUCCGCACUCCCAAAGCUGCAAUUUUUGCAAACCUGCUCGUUUGGAUACACAGCAUAGCUUGUGCUUUGCCACCGAUGUUCGGUCUUAGCUCGUACAAUUGCUUUAUACCGAAUAUUGGGCCCUGUUACCAACAAAAUUGGGCUGGCACUAACGAUUCUCUUACGUUUGCUGUCAUAGUGAUCACGGCAAGUUGGGGCUUUGCCCUUGUUGUUACCGUACUGUGUUACCAUCAGAUAGUUACCAUUGUCCUUUUUCAAAAUAAAAAGACGGUCCCAGCAAUACGAAAUAUAACGCCUACGAGAGACGGUCCCGACAAUGAAAAUGAAAAAGGGCAUCAACUGGAUACCAAGAGUAAUGUUCUGCUUCAUUCACGAGCCUCGACUUCAAAUUCAGAACCUAUUCAUUCAAAGGUGUUAGUUGAUCAAACCGAGGAUCGCAGGAAGCCUCUUUUUAACGUUGAAGGACAGGUUGCUAUGCCCACAUCAGAAGUUAGUCCUACCUCAAAUGACACGUCAUCUUUAGGUGUAAGAAGAACCAAGAAAAAACAAAAGAUUUCAAGAAGGCAAAAAUACUGGCGACCAGCCAAAACAUUGCUAUUGAUUAUUUGCAUUUACUUCCUUACAUGGUCUCCCUUCUGCUUGCUUCUUUUAAUCGAGAUUGCCUGCAAGAAAAAACUUUAUCCAUUAUUUAGCCUGGUUUUUCUGUGGAUAGGAUACUCCAGCAGUUUGCUAAACCCGUUACUCUAUUUUCUAAGAUACAAGAAGUUUCAAAGAGUUGUUAUUAAGCACGCUAGAAGAUUCAAGGAGCAGUUGACUGGCUUAUUUGGGUGUUUAGAAGAUUCUUCUGUCUAGCAGUUGCAUUCCAUGAAUAAUCCAGCCAGAUCGUGACGUUACAGAAAGGUGUUAGAAAGGCAGAAUUUGAUUCUAAAAAGGCAGAGUUUGAUUGCAGCAGUUAUAUUUAAUUUGUUUUGACUGGUCUACCUUCUUUCUUUUUUACUCUGGUCAUUAGUUUUUAAUUUGAUGCGUGGAAAUGUUGAAAGUUCAUCGCUGGGUGACUGUCUCGACGACUAUUGAUGAGGCCAGUCCAUAAUUUUCAAGAACCAAAGAACGUAAAAGAAAUUCAAUUAAGGCGUUAAAAUUCGAUCCAGCCUUAUUUCGAUAUUAUACCGUUAGGCAUAAAAUUAUGCAAAUAACACCUUUAAAUUUGUUUUCAUACGAAAAAACCACGCAUACCAAAUGAUUCAUACUAUGUCCGUAUUUUCACCCCUGCUCCAAAGGCCACCAUCUGAUUAGUAUUGUCUACGCAGGGCCCGCGCUUCAGGGUGCCAGGGGAGGCCAUGGCCCCCCAUUUUUCUUGCUAACUAUAAGUAUUAAAUCCCUUUUUUAAGUAUUAAAUAGGUAGCCCCCUUUUUGCCCCCCCUACUUUAGAAUCGGUGGCGUGGGCCUUGCUACGUAUCAAUGUCGGCUGCAACCAAGAAGAAUUAGUUUAAGUGCAGAUAAUGAAUAAAUAAAAUAGAUUUUCAUAAACCAGGAUUCCUUGUACCACUUUUUCUCACAUUUAUAAUAACGGAUUUUGAAGUUGCUGUGGGUAACAUUUCCUAACGAAGAUUUUACCUCUAGUCUUUUGUAUUAUCGCCAAUUUGAACUAUUUACUGGUGAUGGAUUUUCGUCCCAACUUGAUAAAAUUUUUACUUUAAUUCUGUAAAGUUAAUAAAUGUACCUUAAUUCUCCUUUUGCAUUCUUCUUUUGUUUUGUGCAUUUUUGUAUCAAUCUAGUAUCUUUUUAUGAUAGUCUAGCUGUACUUUUUUGUAACUUAGCUACUCAAGUUUCCCUCGAUUGAUUUUCUACUAACUUUGUUAUAUUUUGUUUUAAGGGAUUAACCGUUACUCCCCUAUUUCUUACUUUAACAGAACAACGCUCGUUUUGUACAUAUAAGUAAUGCCUACUUUCUUUUCUUAGCCAUUUUCUCAAGCUCAAGCCACUAUCGUUAGUUUUAUUCCCACCUUCAUUUGCCGCAUUUAUUCGAAUAUUAAGCCUCGGCUUAUGAUUAUUAUCCUGCACGAUUUGCUGCUGUUUAUAAUCAAGGGCGGCUUAUAAACGAGGGCGGCUUAUAAACGAGGGCGGCUUAUAAACGAGGGCGCCUUACAUUGUUUUACCCAAGUCUUGCCAAGCUUUCCUGCUACCUAGGAAAUGAGGGGGAUAAUGUAGAAGGUGAGGAAGAAAUACACCUGGACGAUAUUUGUGAUCUGUCAUCUUGACGAUUUGAACAAUUUAUUUUGUUCAUGUGCAAAAUCAGAUUUUUAUCAAUUUUUGAUCUGUGAUCUUAAGUCAAGUAUCUCUGCAUGGUUUAGUUGGUGCAGCUUAAAAUCAAGGGCGGUACAAGGACCCCGUUUUUUAAGAGCCUGAUUUACUGCGGCUUAUAAACGAGGGAGGCUUCAAAACAUUGAUGGCUUUAUGAUCGAAUAAAUACUGCAUAUGAGCAACUUGCCAUUUAAGUCCAGUAGGCAUUGUUACUUAUUUCUUUGAAAAAUUCGAGGUAUACAAAAAGAAAUGUUUUCAAAACAAGUUGAUAUUUUAUGAAUUUCAAAGGGAGGAAUAGAAUUAAGUCAUUGAAGGCUCUUGUGCAACCUAAUGCUUUGCGACUUUAUAUCCAAAACGGGCCUAAAAUUGUUCUGUAUGAAAAUACCAAGGAUUUCUGUAUGCCAAUAUACCAAAUAUUUCUGUCUAUUUCUUCUCACAUUAGAAAACCCCUAAAGCAAAAUAUUCUGGUUGCGCAAGAGCUACUUUGUACAGGAUAGUAAAGAAACAUAUGUAGAAAUUAAUUUAUUGAAAGAUCAGAAAAGAACUGUUGUAUAUCCUUGAUAAUGAAUGUAUUAAUUACCAACUUUGUGUUUAUAGAUGAUGCAAUCAUAAAAGCAAUUAGAAAGGUGACACUUCAGGAGACUUGUUUCAAUAAUGAGAGUUCUCAAUCUUCCUCCGGCCAUGCGUAUCUUACUAUAAAACCUUCCUUAUUUUUAAUAUAGAUUAAAUGGGCAUAGUAUGGAAUUACGGGGUACUCAACUAGUUUUAGCCACUUUUCUUGCAGCUCUGUUUAUCCACAACAUUUUUAAAAAUUGUAGUUCGUUUUCAAUUAUAGAUACUUUUGGAACAGAUAAAAGUAACAUCCCUAUGCCAGUUGAUAACAAAUGUAUGUCAUAAUUUGAAUAUAAAAUUAUAAAAAGUUUGCGCCUAAACUUUACAGCGUGAAGCAGUUCUGUAACUAAUUUAAUAUCAACAAACACGAAGUUUAUAAAUGUUAAUUAUUUUUUUCAUUUUUGCCUGACUACAUUUUGAAAGCCCAAAGGCAAUAGGAUUUUUAAUUUUUCUAAAGUCUCCAAAUUUUCGGUCAAAAUCCUCAACUUCCUUUUGUUUGUGCAACC